AUGAUGAACCACCGCAUGCCACCACCCGAGGCGCCGCUUGCGCCUCCGGGUCCGCAUACUGCCUAUGAACCCUCAUGGCGACCACCUUACCCGCCCACCUUCGACAAUCACCCAGACUCCCGUCGCUCUUCAUCAACCCCCCAGACACCCCUUCCGCCACAUCCAUACCCCGUUCUACCAAACCGAGAGCUUCCCCAGCUAUCACAAGAUGGCCCGUAUGGCCGGCCGCCAAACGGUCUACCUCCAAAUGCACUGUCUCCAAACGCGCCCGCACAUUCCCCGCAGGACCCCAACCCCCCUCACCCCAACUUCCGACAGCCCAUGAAUGGCGCGCACGAGGGGUCCCCGGAUUAUCGCGCUCGCCUGAGCUACCCGCCGUCAGAUCAGAUCAAUAGCGCCGAACACAUGUCCUCUGGUCCAUUACCUCCAGCUUCACAGUUCAUGACCCCCGUGCCGCAGAUGGCGGCUUCAACGCCGCCUGGAUAUGACCCUGCAUUCUACCAGAACCAGGCGUACACGCGUCAACGUAAGGCAGCACGAGCUACACAGGCUUGUGAUCAGUGUCGAACGAGGAAGGCAAAGUGUGACGAGGGACGGCCGAACUGCAGUCACUGCAAAGAGAACAGUCUUCAGUGUGUUUAUAAGGAGGUUCCCCCGCAUAAGCAGGAGAAGACAACGCAAGUGCUGUUGGAUCGACUCAUGCAAAUGGAGGACCGUCUGGAAAACCGUAUGUCGGUGAUGCUUGAGACACAAAGAGACCAUGAGCGGUUGCUGCGGUCCAUGUCGACGGAACAGCAAUCAAAGUCACGGCCUAUCACCACAGUGCAAGAUAUUCCCGUCCCCGCGCCUAUACCGGCUGAUCAGAAGCCACUGUUGAAACAGGAAACACCUUCGAUCCAGGCACCAUCUGCAACCCUUGAAACAGGGAGCCAAGACCUGGCCAGUUCGAGCUUCUCCUCAGCCUUAGGGACCGUGGGCGUGGAUGCGAAGACCGACGAACCAGAAGGAGAACUUUCUAUUCCUGUUGAACACACCACCGCAGCUCAUAAACUCUUGAUGUGGCCCUCGAUCAAGAAACUGCUUAUUCCAAAGGAAUACGAUGAGGACUAUGUGAUGCGUUUGGAGGAAGAACGAGGUCUGAUCAGUAUCUAUGGACAGGGAGAGAUCUCUUACACUGCGGAUGACAGUCAGUUACCGACGGAUGGUGGGUUUGACGGCGCUCGACCCGACGGAGAUGGUGCAGGCCUUGACGCGGAUGUCGAUAUUGACAAGUUUGGUAACUUGAAGCUGGAUGUUGGGACUGCACAACGCUACUACGAAUGCUAUCUCAGCAACAUGUACAAGCUUCACCCGUUCCUCGAACAGGGCGAGCUCGACCAGAAAGUGGAUAGAUUCAUUCGGUGCUAUUGCCGCAUCACCACAUCACCGAGCUCUACUUCAAACCGCCGACCAAGUCGCGACGGUCCACCGCCAGCAAAACGCAGACGUUCAAACGAAAACCUGGGCAUUCGGGGCGAAUUUAUGGACAGUUCCCCCAGCCCGAUGCGACCACGCGUCGGCAAGAACAUUGACAAUGCAAUGGUACUACUGUGUCUGGCAAUUGGUGCCAUUUGUGAAGUCCCAGCCCCCCUUCCUGGACCGAUCAUGGACUCAAAGAUCGAUUACCGCAGCCAAUGCAUUCCCGGUCUCCUCACGCCUAUCGUUGCAAUGCAAACCAGUCAGAAUGGAGCGUAUGCCCCCAACGGUGUGCUUUCGCCUGCGAACUCGGACUCGGCUGUCCCACUGACUUACUCGCAUCCCCUAUAUGCUAUGCCAAUGCAACCUGCGAGCCAGUCUUUCCCUUCUACAUUAGGUGAAAACCGAAAGAACCUCUCAAGACGAUCUGUCUCGGCCGUGCGCGAUGAACGGGGCAACACCAAGAAUUAUCAAGUUAUCGCAGGAUUGACCAUGUAUGGGUACGCCACUUCAAUCCUGGGGUAUCUGCAAGGCGGUAAUGAGCUGGAACACGUUCAAGCCGGCUUGCUCGCUGGCUUAUACGCUGGUCAAUUAGCCCAUCCAUUCCAGAGCCACAGUUGGAUUUCUCAGGCAUCAAGGGCAUGCCAAGUGCUGGUGCGAACAAAACGAUAUGAGAGACUCGAAGAGGGACCCGUGAAGGAUCUCUACAACUUCGCGUACUGGACAUGUCUACAGCUGGAGAGUGACUUACUUGCGGAGCUCGACAUCCCUGCAAGUGGUAUCUCGCGAUCUGAAAGCCGAAUGGCUCUUCCGAAAGGAAAGUUUACCAUCUCCCUCCCGGACGACCUCAGCUCGCCCUCAACAAUGAUGAUGUUGUUCUACUCGGCUCAAAUUCACCUGCGCAAAGUCCUCAACAGGGUCCACACAGAUCUCUACAAGGUCGAAAAGCAAGGCCAACGGCGAUGGUCGUCAACUGUACAAGAAGCUUUGAGCAUGAAUCUGGACCUUUGGAGAACGAGCCUUCCUGACAGCAUGAAGUGGAAGGAUACAGAAGGCCCUGCCAAUGAGAUCAACGCCGCUCGUAUGCGUGCAAAGUACUACGGUGCCCGCUACAUCAUCCACCGUCCUCUUCUCUAUCACGCUCUGCACUACGGCCACGCAGGUACCCGCGUCGGUCCAGUCGGCCAGGCGAUGGACUCGCCCACUUACCAGCAACAAUCUCCCUCUGUUACCCACAAUAGCACUGCCCGCUCAACGGACAUGGCACGCAUGUCCAGUGAGAUGGGGUCUGCACUUCCCGUCUCUCUAGCCAAUGGAUGGACUCCCCCCAAAGUCCACCCACGAGAUCUUCCCAAAAAGCUCCGACUCGCCUGCAAGAUUUGCAUUGAAUCCGCAAUUCUCAGUACCGAGGCUUUUGACGGUGUCGUUGGUCACAGAUUAGUGGUGACCAACAUCUUCGGUACCGCCCAUGCACAAUUUGGCAACAUGCUCGUUCUUUCAGCAACAUUCAUGUCCGGUCUUAGCGAAAUGGUCGACCCCAAGAUCCUGGAACGCCUUCUCAAACGCACCAUCGCCUUCCUCGCCCAGAGCGAACACAUCUCUCCCACCCUCCGCGCCGACGCCCGUAUCCUCACCGAGAUUUAUGAAAAGAUCUUCCAUCGCGCUCCAGACAUGAGCUCCUACCCUGGCAUGACACAUCACUAA